AUGUCCGGAUCCCGCGCCCUGGUCGUCGUACAGGGGGGUUUGUUCGUCGCUGGCGAUGUCGCGGUCCGAUCCCUCGCGUUGCUGACGACGUUGGCCUCUACUGGCGUCGACCUCGAGGUAUCAUCCUCGGCCGGGAUCUUUGGCGCAUCUAUCUAUGUUCACGCACAUUUACGUCGCACUGCACCUCCGCGUCAUUGCUAGUCAUCGUCAUCGUCACUCGCACACCGUCUCACGUCGAGUUCAUAUCUGCUUGUACCGGAUCCCGUGUCGGCCGUCGUACGAGGAGGCUUGUUAUGGGUGCGCGGCGCGUCGAGGUCCGAGCCCUCGCGUGUUGUGGGAGGCCGAUCCCUCCUGCGUCGUUGGCGGUCCAAACCCUCCCGCCCAUGGCGACAGCUCUAUCGGCGACGGUCCUCGAGGUGCACUCCUCGGCUCGGGGUCUCUGGUGCAUUUGCCGUCGCAUGCUGUCUUUGUCUGACCAUGCUUUUUGUCACAGCUCUGCAUCAUCUGCACCUGUCCCCUCAUCACAGCUCUGCGUCUCCGCACCUGUUAUGAUCUUCACAGCUCUGCCGCCCGCGCACCUGUUUAUACCCGUCACAGCUCUGCAUGUCUGCACCUGUUUACACCCGUCACAGCUCUGCGUCCUCGCACCUGUUUAUCCUCGUCGCAGUCUCCUCGGUUAGGAGCUGUUGUUCUUGGCGGUCUCCACGGUCGGAGCCGUUCGUUCUUGGCAGUCUCCUCGGUCGGAGCUGUCCGUCAUUCGCAGUCUUCACGGUCGAAGCUGUCUGUCCUCUGCAGUCUUCUCGGUGAAGCUGCCUGCCCUUGCCGCGCUGUCGGUCGUCUUCACUGUUGCAGAAUGCACAGUCGCUGUUCGCUCAUGCAACGGACCCU